CAUCAUCGUUACGUAGCAGGAAGUAAAGCGGCGACAAAACCGUGCUUGGUAUAAAAUCUCAAACAGGAGCGGCUGCAUCAGAUAAACACGCAACUUAUAUGGCGAAUCGGUAACAUUAGCGACACGACAACCGCAGCGACGAAAGAGUGUGAAAAUGUCUGCAAGGACCUCGGCAAAGUACGUGAAGGAAAAGGACCGUAGUAGUCUGGAAUAUCUUUGGCUGCAGCCUUAUGUUGUAUUGCGCAGAGCAGACAUCAGUGAAGCUAUUCGUCCAAAGCGGCAGGAGCCAGAGCGCACUCGCAUUAAAGAGGAAGAUGUGGGCAAAUGAAUUUGUUCACUUCAAUGAACAAAUGGAGCAGAAGUUUCUUUGCACCAUAAAAGAGGAGGAAGAGCCGGAGCGGCCUUGUCUUAAAGAGGAGGCUGAGGAGUCCUGUGACAUUAAAAAGGAGGAGGAGGAGGAGGAUACCUGCAAAAUGCCAUUGACUGGUGUUCCCGUGAAGAGUUUAGAUGAGGGUCAACAGGAGGUGAGCAAAGGGGCGGAGCCUCCAAGCUGCAGCUCAAGUCAACCAAUGACCAGAGAAGGUGAUGGAGACCACUGUGGAGGAUCACAAGCAGCUCCACCAUCAGAUAGUGUUGACGUGUCGUCACAUGUUCCUGCUGCUGCUGCUGCUGAGUCUCAAAACAAACACAGGCAAUGUUCUCAGUGUGGGAAAUGUUGUGCUAAUAACAGUGUUUUGAAACAACACAUGAAAAUGCACACUGGCGGAAAACCUUUUUCAUGCUCAGUUUGUGGCCAAAAAUUCUCUCAGAAGGUACACUUGAAAACUCAUACAAGAGUCCACACUGGCGAGAAACCUUUUUCAUGCUCCGUUUGUGGCCAGAAAUUCCGUCAGAAGGAAACCUUAGAAAGGCACAAAACAGUCCACACUGGUGAGAAACCUUUUUCAUGCUCAGUUUGUGGCCAAAGAUUUUCAAUGAAGUUUACCUUAAAAAUUCAUACAAGAAUCCACACUGGCGAGAAACCUUUUUCAUGCUCAGUUUGUGGCCAAAGAUUCUGUCACAAGCAGAGCUUAAAAAGUCACACAAGAAUCCACACUGGUGAGAAACCUUUUUCAUGCUCAGUUUGUGGCCAAAGAUUUUCACUGAAGUCUAACUUAAAAAGUCAUACAAGAAACCACACUGACGAGAAACCUUUUUCAUGUUCAGUUUGUGGCCAAAAAUUCUCUCGAAGGGAAUGUUUAAAUGGGCACACAAGAACCCACACUGGCGAGAAACCUUUUUCCUGCUCAGUUUGUGGACAAAAAUUCUCUCGGAGGGAACAUUUAAAUGGGCACACAAGAACCCACACUGGUGAGAAACCUUUUUCCUGCUCAAUUUGUGGGAAGAAAUUCUCUCGGAAGGGAAGUCUAACAUGUCAUACAAGAACCCACACUGGCGAGAAACCUUUUUCAUGCUCAGUUUGUGGCCAAAAAUUCUCUUAUAAGGGACAAUUCGAAACUCAUACAAGUAGUCACACUGGUGAGAAACCUUUUUCAUGCUCAGUUUGUGGCCAAAAAUUCAGUUGCAAGAAAAGCUUCAAAAGCCACACAAGAAACCACAGUGGUGAGACUUUUUCAUGCUCAGUUUGUGGCCAGAAAUUCCGUCAAAAGGGAAACUUAAAAAGGCACACAAGAAUCCACACCGGCGAGAAACCUUUUUCAUGUUCAGUUUGUGCUCAAACAUUCGCACUGAGGGGAGGUUUAAUAAUGCACACAAAAAUCCACACUGGCGAGAAACCUUUUUCAUGCUCGGUUUGUGGCAAAAUAUUUUCAAGGAAAGCAACCUUAAAAAGGCACUCAAGAGUCCACACUGGCGAGAAACCUUUUUCAUGCUCUGUUUGUGGCCAAAAGUUCUCUCACAAGACAAGCUUAAUCAAGCACAUAGUAGCCCACACCUAACCCUGUUGCCUGCUCAGCCACUUGCCGAAGUGUCUCUAUUGAGAAUUCUGAGUGUUUUGGGGAGAUGAGCAAUGAUCCGUGAAGGUUUAACCUUCUAUUUGAGCAGACUUCAUGAGUUUUUGCAUUGAUAAUGAUAUAGUUAACUGGCAUGUCAAGACUUGUAAAAAAGAAAAA